AUGAACGACGAGUUCAACUCUUCUGAUGUCGAAUUCGGGUCCCCAGAGAAUGACAAACGCAGCUACCUCAUCGGACAGGAUUCUAUUGAUUCAAUAAUAGAGAAUUCAGCUCGAAAUCGGCUUGCAUCAAAAAGAACAGUGAAGCAGCUACAAUUCGGCCAUGGAGCUCCAGGGACCCGCGAGAAACAGGAUCUAUGGGUGAGGCGCUUCAAUUCUUAUCGCCAACACACUCUGCGCCAGGAUCCCUCCGUUCCCUUUACUGGAGAGGACCUGAUACGCUUCUUUGAUUCAAUCAUUAGCAUUGUGAAGCUAUCUGAUACUGGCAAGCCAGGUCCAAACGUCCAACUGGUUACGAACGCUGUUAAAAUACUUCUGGUCUAUGGCCACUUCACCUGGGCCGAGAGCGAUGGGUUCAAGAUCACCCGUCAUGAUUCACUUCGACUACAGACCUUCAUCGACGAUGCCGUCAAAGCCGGCCGUCUGACAAAAGGCAGUUGGAGAAAGCGUACCUGGUUGGGCUUUGUUACACUAUCCCGGAUGGUUCGAGCGUUCCUUGAGCACUACCUGGACAAGGGGUGCGUUAGCUGGGACAUCAUCGUCGCCAAGUGCCUUGCAGUCACGCUAGUCGGUGCGCUUGGUUGCCGCUCCGGAGAUCUGGCGCUUUCCCCAAAAUACGAGAAUCUCGAAUGCUUGCUGUUUCGUCAUAUCCAGCUCACCAUUGAGGGGGAGACUACCAACCUCCGCAAUGUUCGAGGCGUUAUCACACUGGAAAGCACAAAAGGGUUUAAAGACGUCCGCAAUGCAGAUGUGGUUCACUAUUUGAGAACGCUGGACGAGACCGAAAGCCAGCACGUCUGUCCAAUUAUUUGGCUUCUUGUUCACGCUUUACGAAACGGACUAGUGUAUGGAAAUACACUACCAGAGGUCCUCGACCGAGCAUUUAUCAGACCGGACCGACUGAUCGAAUGGACACAGCCAACCUUACCCGUGCUACCAGCCUUCACGCAUGAUAGCUCGAUACGCUGCGACUUGGCUAAACCCGCCCGUCCCGGCCAGCUUCUUGCAACAAUCAAACAAAUGGGGCUGGUAUCGAACAUCUUGUGUCGUGUCUAUACACAUGCAACAAGGCUUGGGGCUAUACGGGACAUCGCUCACCUCCCAAAGAGCAACGAAACUUUCGGGUACGUUACCGACGAACACCGUCAGGUCAUGCAGCACAGUACAACGUCGUUCAGUAAGGGUCUUACUGAAAAUUACGUUGGGGGCCACACGCAAGAGCUAUACAAUGCCCGUGCAGCGAACAAGUCUAAACCCCAUCGUCGAGAGCCACGUUUUAGCUCCACAUCGGCUAUGGAUCUAGUCAAAGCUCCCGUGACUGAUCAAGAGGUCCGAGAAUGGAAAGAGAGGAACGAACCUUCAAGUGGUGGACAAGGGAAGAAGUACAAAGACUCAAGCGAUAAAAUUCGCAUCAGGAAAAUCAUCCGGCGCGAACGCCUUGCGAGUUUCGAGAUGAACGCCGAGCCCGAAAAUCCCUUUCAACAGAAGCCGGAACCUAGAAAUCUCGUCACCCUUGCUUCUAGAACCGCCAGCGCUAUCAAUGCCCGUCAGUUGCCUCCAUCGACAGUCUCGGUCCCAACCAAUUCCGAAAUUCCCACCCAUACCAACAUCGACCCAGCCCUUUUCGAAGAUGACUCUUUUGAACAAAUUCAAGUGCCCGCUAUGGAUCUCCACCUUCUGCAUACUACGUUAUUCGCAACACAAGGCGAUGAGCUUAGCGAAGCGACUUUGUCUGGCCCAAUUGGCCACAACGACAUCACCUCAAUUGAAGAAGAGGGCGAUCGGAUUUUACUCGGUGCGGAUGACGGAACGAAAGCCCCCAGUGCUGAGAGCUUCAUUGACAACUACGCGCGAAUCAACGUCGUCAAUUCCACAACCUUCGCACGCAAGUGGCCAUCCUAUUCAUCGGGCAAACCUUUCGAUGACACAAUAGGUUUGGUUUCAGUCAGAGGCCAUUCUCGGGACGACCCAACCCCUUAUAUCUACCGCUGCCAGAAGACGCCAAAUUGUCCGUUUCAGACUACCCAAAAGCGUUCCCUCGGGCAGCACCAAGAUGUCUGCAGCGAAGCUCUCGCUGAGACUAUAAGAGAGCGCCAGGAUGGAUCUUCCCACUUCAAAUGCCCGCGCGAAGGCUGUCACAGCACUUUUACAUCCCAGAAAACUCUGAACGUCCACAUAAAAGGCACCCAUGACUGGGCGGCGAGGCCAUGUGAGCAUGGCUGCGACCCAUUGACCAUCUAUACAACAAAGCACCGAUACGAGGAGCACCGCAUUGCCCGUCACAGUGGCCGCUGGCCCAGCUCAUGUCUGUAUCCGGGAUGCGAGAGCGCCACGAGCUUCAAAUCUCAAAGUUCACUGUCCUAUCACCUGGCUUCUGCCCACAAUAUUACCGACAAAACAGAGCAACGUCGGUAUCUUCCAUCGCUUCCGUCCGUACUUCGAUGGGUCAAGCAGAUUUGCAUAAUAGACGGCUGCGAAUCUAAAGUCAUCUGGGCCAGACGGUCUAAGAUGCUUGCGCAUUUGACUUCCAAGCAGCACAAUAUGACUGCAGAGGACGCCAACGCCUUGAUUGAUGAAAAGACACAAUUUGAAACAAUUGUGAGGGAGUCACGGGUACUCAACAAAUCUCGCAAGCGUGAUGUGUACACUGGGGAAGAGGGCGAAAGAGCAGAGAAAGCAGCGGAUCAACCAGAGAAGAAGCGCUUGAGGGGCCACUAG